GUUCUUCAUUAAUAUCACCCCCAGACGACACUCGCUUCUCCUCCAUUGCGUCCACAUUCUACGUCGCUACUUGUUCGUUUAUCGACCCCUCAGCUCUUGUCUCUAUUGCGUCGCGGGUCCCGCCGAACCACUGCUCGCUCUCCACAUCAGCCCUACUAGCCCUUCCUUCACACGACACCGCACGACACGUACGAUCAGGAACGUCUCUCUGUACCGCCCUUGACCGCUUCUGCUACUCGUACGCGCUCCAUCGCAUCAUUAGAAAGUUGUGGAACAUGUCUGGAAUAUCGCGCGCGCACAUACUCUAGAUGAUCUGCCCAUACCCAUCACACUGCAAUGCCUCUCAAGGGCCUCAAGACGAAUCGGAGCGACAGAGAACCCAACCGACGAAGCACUGUAAACCUUUCCAGGAGUAAUGAAUUGGUCGCUGACGGUUCCAAUUUUGAUCGUGCUGCCUCGACGGACGACAGAUACCUCGAUGCAGAGGAUGUGCCUCGUUGGUCCAUCUCACAGGACGAAAGACCACCAUCUCCUCCAAUCCAACAGUCCACGCCCAAGACCCAGAGAUUUAGUAUGCUCCGGUUCAGACAUGCCUCGGACUCACAAUUGUCUAUAAAGGCAAAAGAGCAGGCUAAAGGCACGCCACCGGUGCCAUCCAUACCACCAGCCCCUCAAAUAAUCACUACAGCCCCAACUGUCGAAGAAAGCAUGGAGGAAAAGGCGCCGAAGAAAAGAGGUAGAUUUGCCAACAUGGCUCGAAGGCGGUUGUCAUUUGAUCCCGACUCUGUCGAACGGCCACAUGGCGUCACUCGAAAAUCUAUGGACAAACUGCGCAUAAGUACGGACAAUCGAAGAAGUGUGUUUGGAAGUCUGCGCGGCGCGAACAGUUCCAAGAUCAGCUUAGAUGAUCGCAUCAAACCGACUGCAGGAAACUCGAAGUCGAGCGCUCUGGGCCAACACAAAGGUCAUGUUACUACGCUUGCACCUCCUGCUCGCAUUUCCGAUUCAUCACGCUCAGAUGGAAGCUCGGGCUCCGCAGAACACAUCACCUUCGCUGAACCAUCACGGCAGCAACCUCAACACUCUUCCCUAUUCAAGUUCCAGCGGAAAAAUAAACCUCGCCCAUCCCUAUUCCCUCUACCUGUCAAGAUACCUCCUCCGCAGUUUCCUGAUACAGCUCCUGCAACCCCUCGUGCCUCCACUGGGGGAAUAAGCUCUGGCUCACCCAAUCGUUCUCCCGGCGAGGAAAGUCCUCCUCUCACUGCGAUACACCGAGCGUCCAAUGGAGACAACACCAUUCGACAGAACCAAUCAUCCCCAUCACGAACUGCCUUCGGCCGAAAUCCACUCUUCCGUAACGAUUCCACUCAUUCCGCUCGCUCCGCUCGUUCAUCCCCUGUUGCGCCUAUGAGACUUGGCAGAAGAGGUCGGUCAUCAACAGUCAAUUCUUUGGGCGGAAGGUCGGAUGACAUCCCUCCCCCGACCCCACCAUUCGUCAACAGUGGUCGUAACUCAACUUCUACCGCUGGUCGAAGCAGUCUCAGCACUCUUUUCGGUAUUGGACAUCGAAUACGACACAAUUCGGAACCACACUCGCCGAACCAUAGCGGUGGUACUCCAGGAAUAAAUUCCCAUACAAACUCGUUCAACAUAAGUCGGGAGGCCUUGGUGGUACCCAAAAGAGAAGAGGGCGAGCCACCGGGCAGGUACCUGGAAAGGCUACAAGAAUGCGUCGAUCGAAGUCUGAUUGCCAGUAUCAUGUCCAAAACCGACGACGCGUUUUCUCAUGCCGUCCUGCGAAGUUACAUGAGAAAGUUUCUUUUCUUUGGCGAACCGUUGGAUAUGUCGGUCAGAAAACUGUUACUGGAAGUGGAACUGCCAAAAGAAACCCAACAAAUCGACAGGGUACUACAGAGUUUUGCAGAUCGCUAUCACGAAUGCAACCCUGGAGUUUUCAAAGACCCAGAUCAGACAUAUUUUAUCACAUUCUCAAUCGUCAUAUUACACACGGACGUCUUCAACAAAAACAACAAACGAAAAAUGCAGAAGGCAGACUAUGUGAAGAAUGCUGCUCAAGAAGGAGUCGCUGAAGAAGUCCUGGCGUGCUUCUAUGAUAAUAUUCUCUACACCCCGUUUAUACACUUUGAAGAUGGCGUCGACUUCCGCGAGAGUACCAAGAAGUCGAAACGGGCUGCCGCGCUCCUCAAGACUCCCAUUAAUGACCCAGCCAGAAAAGCGAUCAAAGAACCGAUCGACCCGUACACGCUCAUCAUGGAUUCGAAGGUCGAAAUACUACGACCAGCGAUCAAAGAUGUCGUGCACCCAGUUGACCCUUACAAUUAUUCCGGAACAGCGCAGGAUCUUGACGUGAAGCGUCUUCAUUCAUCAUUUGCAAGAUAUGGUGUCAUCCAAAUUGUUUCUGCGAGAUCGCGACCGGAAGCUUUCAUGCAUGAGUCCACUAUCGAUAGGCCGGAAGAAGCCCAAGUGGGAGUCGUCGAGAUGCACGUCACGAAAGUUGGCAUCUUAUUACGAAAGGAUGUGAAGCGAAAGGCGACAAGGUCUCCCUGGCAUGAAUGGUCCGCUAUUCUGACAAGGUCAGGUCUCUCAUUCUUCAAGAAUGCAGCUUGGGCAAAGGAACUCAUGCACCAAUACGAAGCUCAUCAGAAGCAUGGGUCUGGUACCCCUGUCGUGUUCAAGCCCGCUGUCUCGGAUUUCAAGCCUGACCAUGUUAUACCCAUGGAUGGAUCCGUAGCUCUACAGGAUAUGAGCUACAAGAACCACAAGCAUGCUUUCGCGGUCUUUGCGAAGAGCGGGUUUGAAGAGAUGUUCCGAGCUGAAAGCGAGGCUGAAAUGAACGAUUGGCUUGGCAAGAUCAAUUACACAGCUACCUUUGAAACCUCCACAGUCAGGCCGCGCGGUCUCAUUGGCGGCAGCUACGAAGGUCAGAGGAGCCGGGGUAUACGUCGACUCGACUCCACUGCUUCGACACACACAGUACAAACAUCGACCGGAGAUGUUACAAUUCAAAGUGGCAAGAUAGAUUCUAAGCUCGCGACACAGAUCAUGACGGCGAGAAGGGAUACGAUGCAAAGGAAAAUUGCCGAGGCGGAAGAAGCUCUUCAAGUAUAUGUGCAACAGCUGAAUGCCCAAGAGCGGGAUGCACGACACCUCCUCUUACUAACACCAAUUCAGCCGAAGACGCGAGAGCAGAUAGUGCAUACGGCGGGUAGGAUGUCGGCCAAAAUGAAAUGGGUCAGGGUGGAGAUCUGGCGCUUGAAGUGUCAUCGAGACAUACUUCUCAUGGAUCUUGAAGAGGAAAGAAAGCAAGCCAAAGAGACGGAAGCCAGAAUUCAGGAAAUUGCCAGUACCACAUCGCCAAAAACGAAAACAUCAAGGAAGGGGGCGCUUGCAAAGCUCGGCUCGAAAGCUAGCUCUAAUGCCAGUAUGCAUAAGACCCCUCACUCACCCACAGCCUCUGCAAGACCCGGCACUAAGUCUUCGAGAGACGAUGAUCCUAUGUUGAGCGAUGAUGUAUUCAAGACGCCUCCUCUGCACUCACAGCAAUCAAGUCCCGGUGCUGCACCGGGUACUUGGGAGCUACCCCCUCUUUCCUUCAGUCCAAAGCUUGGCCCCCGGAUGGAACAUCGCGGCUCUAUCCCGAGCAGCGUGGGUCAGUCUUCAUUGCAAGAAAGUGUUCAUCGCCAUGGCUCUGUUUCAACUCUCGGCGAACAGCCACCUAAUGGUAGUACGCCUGAUAUUCCGUCGCGAUAUGCAACACCAGAUGAAGAGAAGCGUGAUCAAGCCACUACUGGCGCAGAGAACAGACCCGGAUCCGCAAGCGAGUCGGAACCGGAGCGGCCAAUGACCCAACCAGGGAGCCCCGAAUCACGUUCCAAAGUGCGCCGCAGUCUUCAGCGCACCUUACGCGAUUCUGGCAGUGGACAUCGUAGAUCCGGCAAAGGCAAGGAGUCUUCUUCCACAGUUGUCACGGAUGAUGGCGCGGUUAGCGAAAGUCUGUCGCGAGCCAAGGGCAGCUUCACUGUCCACGGAAAGAAGGCAUCUGUCAUCACCUUCGGAUCCGAGUGGCAAAGCAUGCCAGCAGAGGAUCGUCUAAAGAUUCGUAAACAAGCUCAAGAGGAAGAGCGAAGGCCCUCGACGGCAGUCUUCGAUCAGGACGAAUCCGAAGACUCGAGACCUCUACCUAAUGCGCGACUGAGGACCAAAUCAUCUACGGCCACGAAUAGGAGCGCAGCAAUCAAAAGAAGUCUGAGUCAGGAGAUAUCAAAUGGUGCCAAUGGCGGAGGAGAGGCAAGCGGGCAGAUCUCCCUCAGGCAACGAUCUGCCUCCCAAAUAAGCAAUCUCACGAUACCCGUGACGGUUCGGGAUGUGGGUACGGAGAGGCCGGGGGAAGCUUCACCGCCGGAUGAAAAAUACAGGAGUGGUAAGCAGUCAUCAGACGUUCGAGACUCUACGGAGCACAUCAGCGAUAUAGAGACUGCUGGACCUGUGGAGACUGUGAAAGCUCAGACUGUGAUGAUCUGAGAGGCAACUCUCGGAACAGACAUAUGCUGACGCAAAGUUAUGAUCUAGCACGCACGAAGCGACAUAGCCGAUCUCGUUUGUUUAAUAUCAUAUGUUUUCCAUGUCGAGCGCGACUCCGUCAAUACGCGUAGAGCGACGUUGUCAUUGUAAAAAGGGAUGGCUACAGUGAGCGAAGACAGAUAUUUGGAGUGGAUAUGAUGGCCUCCGAAAAAGCA